GCUAUCUUUGCUGGGUGGUCUCUGAUUUGUCCUCAAAUGCCUCUUCUACUUUUCAGAACGUCUCUUUUAUUUGUUUUCUUGAUAUAUUUCCUAGUUUUACUUGAGAUUUUUUGUUUGCUUUUUUGUUGGUAAUCGAUCAGGUGCUUUUCCUUCUGGAGACUGAUCGGUUAUCAGUAGCAUAUCUCGGUUAUUGUUCUCUCUUUCUGCAUAAUGUUGAUUAAGUCUUCUCCAUGCAGGGUUCUUGCAGCUGUUGCUAGGAGAUCAGAACAAGAUACUGAAGGCACAGAUGACAAGAUCAAGAAUGCACCAGACAGUGCUAAGAGAGACCGUUCGAUGCCAGAUCUCUGUGUCAUAUGCCUUGAGCAGGAGUACAAUUCCGUCUUUGUCCCGUGUGGGCAUAUGUGUUGCUGUACAACAUGCUCAUUGCAGUUGACAAAUUGUCCACUUUGUCGGCGGCAGAUUGAGCAAGCUGUGAAGACCUUCCGCCAUUGAAUUAAUUGUAUUGCAGUUUGGAUCUGAUAAAUUCGGAUGUAGUCAAGGUUGGGAAGGCUAAAUUCCGUUCUGGCUGCAUUGCUUCUCAUCUUGCCAUGUAAAUUUUCAUACUACAGAAUUCUUGCAUUAUGCUCGUGGUUAACAGGCCAACUUCUUGGAUGUCAUUAGCGACUCCCACAUAAUGUCUCUCAACAACAAGUCUAUCGGUAUACUCCACUAUUGUAAGUUCAAGGUCAGUUGUCGCUUGUCCUUGUAUAUUUGACACGGACCAGCAGGAAUUAUGCGGGUCUCUGUUGCUUCUACCAUUUUGGGAUCAUCUAUUCCAUUCUCUACAAUUUGCUUAUA